GCCUCUAUAGAGGAAACUAAUCGCAGGGCUGCCAAGUCAAAAAACGAAGAUGGCAAGCCUAUCAGGCUCCAGAGCAAAAUAUUAGCUAUUUCAGAAGACCCAUUUAGCCCGGGAUCGGUGUAUGUCGCCGAGAGUGCAGGCUCAAUAAGAAAAGUUGCCUUGGAAACUGGUGAAACUUUGGCCCUCUACAGGGGACCGACCGCUCCUUUGACGAGCGUUGCUUUCAGCCCUGAUGGCAAACUGCUCUUCGCGGGGUGCUGGGACAAAUCAGUCUGGAGCUGGGAUGUCCAGUCCAGGCAGCAGCGUCAAAAAUACGAAGGCCACUCAGACUUUGUAAAAGCUGUGACGAGCGUCCGAGUCAAUGGCCAGGACGUUUUGAUUUCAGGCGGAGCCGACUCGAAAUUAAUUGUCUUUGACAUCAAAAGUGGCGAGAAGCUGCACGUUUUCAAAGACCAUUUGAGGGGGAUCCAGGACAUCCGCAUCGACCCCGUCUCCAUUCAGGAGGGCUCGUCACAGAUUGAGAUAUUCUCCGCGGGAAGUGACCGAGAAAUCAGACAGUUCUCGAUAACAUCUGAUACUGCCAACGCUGGAAAUGCACUUAUAGCUCACGACACUAGUGUAUAUAAAGUAUUCUUUGACGAAGACGGCGAUAUCUGGACUGCGUCGGCCGAUAAGUUUGCCAAAUGUCUCACACGCGACAGCGGAUGGAAGCCUAAUUUGGCUCUCGAGCAUCCUGACUUUGUGCGAGAUGUGGUGGUGUAUGACCAGGGCGGCUGGGUGGUUACAGCAUGCCGCGACGAGGAGAUACGGGUGUGGAACAAAGCGACCGGGAAGCUUUUCCAUACAUAUUCCGGCCAUUUUGAAGAAGUGACGGGCCUUGUUCUGAUCGGCAGCACGGUGGUCAGCGUCAGUAUCGACGCCACCAUUCGACAAUGGAGCAUCGAGUGUUUCAGCAGGCGCGUUCACCGAAGUUUGAAUACUCGACGGACAAGCAGCACAAUCGCGAGUUUGACGACGCCCAGCAUGGCCGACAAGUCUCGUACUCGUCAGGAAGAACCCGGCGCCGCCGAGUCGCGGCCGAAGCUGGUGAAUCGCCUCCACGAAAGCCAAUCGCCAUAUGUCCGCGGACACAUGCACAACCCAGUUGCUUGGCAGCUCUGGGAUUCGAAAUCGAUUGCCCUGGCAAAGAAACACAACCAGCUCAUCUUUGUCAGUAUCGGCUACUCGGCUUGUCAUUGGUGCCAUGUCAUGGAAAAGGAAUCCUUCAUGUCUCCCGAGGUUGCGAAUAUUCUCAACGAGUCCUUUAUUCCCAUCAAGGUCGACAGAGAAGAACGGCCAGACAUCGAUGAUGUUUACAUGAACUACGUGCAAGCGACCACGGGAUCGGGCGGCUGGCCGCUGAACGUGUUUCUGACCCCUGACCUUGAGCCUGUGUUUGGCGGCACGUACUGGCCAGGCCCACAGUCCAGCUCGCCGACUCAGUUUGGACCCGACGGGUCCAUUGGCUUCGUCGAUAUACUGGAAAAGCUUCGCGAUGUGUGGCAGACACAGCAAGCCAGGUGUCUUGACAGUGCCAAGGAGAUUACAAGACAGCUACGCGAGUUUGCAGAGGAGGGAACGCACGCGCAGCCAGAGGGCAAGGGCGCCGAGGACUUGGAAGUUGAGCUUCUCGAGGAAGCGUUCCAGCAUUUCGCGUCUCGAUAUGAUCCCGUGAAUGGCGGAUUCGGGCGCGCACCCAAGUUUCCCACGGCGGCAAAUCUUAGCUUCCUCCUUCGCUUGGGCAUGUAUCCGAGCACAGUGACGGAUAUCGUCGGACAGGAUGAAUGUGCCAGAGCAACGACGAUGGCGGUGACGACACUUCUCAAAAUUGCGCGCGGUGGCAUUCGAGACCACAUUGGAAACGGAUUCGCGCGGUAUAGCGUCACUUCUGAGUGGUUGCUUCCUCACUUUGAAAAAAUGCUCUACGACCAGGCCCAGCUUCUCGAAGCAUAUGUGGAUGCGUUCCGCGUGACACACGAGCCGGAACUCCUCGGUGCAGUUUACGAUAUUGUUAGUUACUUGACAAGCAGCCGAAUCCAGGCUCCUGGCGGCGGGUUCCAUUCGUCCGAAGAUGCCGACAGCUUGCCUACGCCCAACGACACGGAGAAGCGCGAAGGGGCCUUUUACGUGUGGACAUUGAAGGAGUUUAAGCAGGUGCUGGGAGCGCGAGAUGCUGGGGUAUGCGCUCGGCAUUGGGGGGUGUUGUCGGAUGGCAACAUUGCGCCUGAGAACGACCCGCAUGACGAGUUGAUUGAUCAAAACGUCCUGUCAAUCCAGGUGACGCCGAGCAAGCUCGCCAAGGAGUUUGGACUGAGCGACGAGGAGGUCAUCAAGACCAUUAAAUCGGGGAAGCAGAAGCUGCGAGAGUACCGAGAGAAAACGCGAGUCCAGCCUGAUCUGGACGAUAAGAUUAUAGUGGCAUGGAACGGGCUGGCCAUUGGCGCGCUCGCAAAGGCCAGUGUCUUGCUCGACGAGAUUGACCAGGCUAAGGCCCAGCAAUGCCGAGAUUCGGCGCAACGGGCGGCGGCGUUUAUUCAGCAGAGUCUUUUUGAAUCUUCAACCGGGCAGCUCUGGCGUAUCUAUCGUGAUGGGAGCCGGGGGAAUACGCCUGGCUUCGCUGAUGACUAUGCGUACCUGACGAGCGGACUGAUUGCGCUGUACGAAGCGACGUUUGACGACAGCCAUCUGCAGUUUGCAGAGAAACUACAAAAACACCUUAAUGAAAAUUUCCUUGCCCCCGGACCAGAGCCCAAUACAACAGCUGGGUACUACACAACCUCGUCCACGCCCAUCGAGGGGGUCCCAGGACCACUCCUGCGACUCAAGGGCGGAACCGACUCGGCCAUGCCCUCGGUCAACGGAGCGAUUGCGCGAAAUCUAAUCCGGCUAUCAGCGCUGUUGGAAGAUGACAGUUACAAGACUCUUGCGCGGCAGACGUGCAACACGUUUUCGGUGGAGAUGAUGCAGCACCCGUUUCUGUUUGUGAAUUUGCUAGAUGUGAUCGUCGGGUUGGAAAUGGGGAUUCGAAAUAUCACUGGCGUCGUUGCAGCAGCAGAUCAAACAACAAAAGACGCGGUCAUCCGGCGGACACGAGCAGAGGUUGGUCUGGCAGCGUCCACGUCCACGGCGACGAUCGCGGUGGUGGAUGCUCGUGGUGACAGCUGGAUCAAGGGACGAAACGUGCUGUACCGCGAUUUGAAAGCGGGCAAAGAUUUCUUGCUUGUUUGUGAGGCGGGCAGCUGUAGGACUGUGGAUGUUUAA